AUGUCUGUUGAUCAUCUUGACAAGGUUGAAUCUGCUCAGCAGGCCCUACUGAAGAAAAUGCACAGUGGCAAAGUGGGAGCCCAAUUUGUCCAAGAGGUCAAGGAGUCGCUCCUCUUUCAGUACAACUCGAAUGAGCUCCUGCUUACAACUCCAACGGCCAUUACGCUGAUGGGUGCUUGCCACGUUGCGGCGGCGUCACCCGAAGCUGCUGCUAUCAAUCUGGGUGAUUCUGUUCCAACUGGAGGAUUCAAAUAUUUACGUGUUGCCGGAAACCCCACCCUCAAGGCCUGUUUGGUCUAUGUUGCCAACGAGGGCGACAGGGCGUUUCGCAUUACGGGAAGCAAUAUGUCGGGUAUGACUCAAACAUCUUCUGAGAUCGUUGACAUUGUCUCUCGCACUGUCAGAGCCAUUCAAGAUCUUCCAAAGACAGAACGCGUAGUGAAUAAUGAGCUUAGGAAGCUACGAAGGAUGUCUGAUAAUUGUGGCCAGUACGCCGAAGAAACCGAGAAGGCCUUUGAUUCCUGGUUUCUCUCUGUUUUGGAAUUCCACCAGGCUACUAUUAAGAAGCAGAGUGGCUCCACGACUGACUCGCAUGACAAUGCGACGGCCAGGUUGCAGGCUGAGAUUGAGGCAAGCUACGCAAACAAGGAUGGCAGCAUGCUCAACAAGGCUUCUGAAGCGAUGAAGGAGGCGUUUUCCAAGCAGGAGAGGGCAUUCAAGGCCGCAAACGAAGGUGUCCCGCCCGGUUGGGAGCCCUGUGGUUUGGCAGCUUUGUCCGCCAUCAUCUCGGCAGGACCCGCGCUCAAUGCCCAGGCACUACCAGCCAUGAUCAAUGCCGCGAAUUCCAUGUCCGCUGCCCAAGGUCUUUCAACCCUUCGGUUCGAUGAUGCAAUUCCUCAAACUGACCCUGCAUACCUGGCUGCCUCUCUUCUUAAACCCUUCAUGACUAUGCUCUUGGCCUACCUUACUUCUGGGGAGGGCAACACCCCCGACUGGUCAAAGCUCAACGACCAGGGCCUUACUUGGCUCCUCAAAAACCUUCAGGUGCAACGGGAGUCUGCGAAGCUAGGUACCAGUGCACCCAGUAUGGAACUUAAUGCUGCCUUUGAAGCUACUGUUGCCAUCGUGGGGGAGAUGAAGAAGGCGGUGGCCGAUGAACAGAAGCUUAGUUCGGCCAAGACAGAUCAAGCUUCUACUAAGAAGUGGCAAGAUGCCAUUACCCAGGCGAAGCUGACUGUCACCAAACUGGAUGCUACAGCAAAGUCAUUCCCUGGUUCCUCAUCCAACGCACCCAAGAUGAAGAACAUCUCUGUGGAGAGGAGGGACAACAGUGCAGUCGCUGGCGCCGUGAGCACUGCUACUGAGAAGUUUAUUCUCAAUCAAAGGGCCCUUAAGACCACCCAGGCCAAUUACACGAAGACUGCCGAAGCUGCAGCGCAUGUUCAGCAGAGGUUGGGUGGCAUCCAGACUAAACUCAAAGGCAUUCAGAUUUCUGGCGCACCCCUCGAGCGCGUCCAGGAGAUCUUGGUUGACAGCAUCGCCAUUCUGGUCGAGCUCAAGAUCCAGAUCAGCAAGAUCACCGCCUUCUUCAAAGCUCUUUCUACUUUCAUCCACGUCAUCGCCGAGACGAAGAUUGACAGUGACUUUACUCGUUCUGCAAGUGGUUUGCUGCCACCCAGUGAUCUCAACAGUGAAACCAUCUAUGUCUCAGUCUUGCAGUUCAAGGCGUAUUUCGAUCUUCUGCAGAUGACAUGCCAGAUGUAUACCACCGUUCAAGUCCAAUACGUCUUCCCCGGCUUUGAUCUUCUCAUGGAACUGAGCCACAUGGCCAGGGUUCCUGAAGAGGGAGGUCCCAAGCGCGAGCAGGUCAACCAUUUCGCAGAUUCUGCGCACAAGGCUAUAAAUGAGCUUAUUGUCCGGCGGGUAUACGUGUUUAGCGUGACUAAGCAACUCACCUUUGAGCAGAGGAUCCAGGAUGAUGCAUGGUUCAUGGGCAAGACAAGCACGGUUACCGUCCUAAGCAUUGACUCGCUAUGGAAAUGGGAUUUGGAAACGCAAUUAAAGAGGAAUUAG